AUGGCGUCGUCCAAGGAGCCAAAGGCGAUCGUGAUUGACGAGCGAGACUCCUCCGGCCUCAUUCGUCGUCGCUGGCUUCACGACUCCGACGGUCGCCUCACCGAGAUGCCCACGGAGAAUUCUCCCACCACGGUCUCGCGUCUCUUGACAAUGAACAUUCGCCAAGUCUUCUCCGACGCCUUCUUCCCCAUCGGCUACCCCGAUUCCGUCUCCAAAGACUACUUAGGCUACCAGCUCUACGACUCCCUUCAGGCCUUCUUCUCCACCAUCACCUCGCUGCUCGCCAACCGCGCGAUCCUUCAGGGCCUCGGCGUCGGCGACGCAGACUCAUCGGCCACCUACGCCCUCCUCCUGACCAUCCUCAAGGACGGCAUCUCCCGCCUCGCCACCAUCGGCUUCGCCUACCGCUUCGGCCUCGUCAUCGAGCCCGAGUGCAAGAAGUACCGCUUUCUCGCUGAUAUCUUCAACGACAGCGCCUUCUUCCUCGACCUCUUCUCCCCGCUCUUCGGAUCGUGGACCAAGGUCGCUGCGCUCGUCGUCGCCGAGGCCCUACGCGCUAUGUGCGGCGUCGCCGCCGGCGCGAGCAAGGCCGCGCUGUCGAAGCACUUUGCGCUCCGCGGCAACCUCAGCGAGCUCAACGCCAAGGAGUCGUCGCAGGAGACGGCUGUCGGGCUCAUCGGAUUGAUCGUCGGCAGCUUCGUCGUGCGCCACGUGGAGAGCAGAGAGGCCGUCUUUGCGCUGAUGAUCAUUCUCGUCUUCGUCCACCUCGGCAUGAACUACCUCGGCGUCCGCUGCGUUCAGCUUAACAACUUCAACCAGCAGCGCGCCACCAUCUUCUUCGAGGAGUACAUGAAGACUAUGGGCAAUGUUAGGCUGACGCCUGCUGAGGUCGCGAAGAGGGAGAACAUCAUCUUCUGGAAGCCCGUCAUCUACCACGACGGCCGCCCCUUUGCCAAGAUUGUCUUCGCCAAGAGCUACGCUGAUGCGGUGGCCUCCGGAUCCGUGGUUCUUAAAGAGACCAAGCAGUAUAAGCUCUGCCAGUGUAAUACCUCAGGUCUGGUGGUCAUCAAGAUCCUUCUCUUUGGACACCCUUUGUCAGAGGGCAUCAGCACCACGACCCUUUAUGCCUGGUUUUCAGCGGUGUCUCUGGUCCACUCCAUGAUGCCUGACAAUGAUCUGGAGAGGGACUACGUUGAGAAACUUUUCGCCAACCCUUCUCACCUGGCUCGCGCGGGCUGGGUUCAGGGCGACGUCAGCCUGGAUACUUCUGCUGCAUGGAUGUUGCCCCCAAAUGAAGACGUUGAUGGUAAGAAGGAUCUGUAG